AUCUGUCGGAACCUUUUAUCACAUCAUGCUUCCGAGGAUAUUAUGAUAUAGUUCAUUUCUUUAUCACCAAAUAUGUCGAUUUAAAGUACUGUUAUUCAUUCAAUACACCUCUGACAGCUGCAUGUAGUGGAGGAAAUGAGAAGAUUGUACAGUUACUUAUAGACAAAGAAUGUGAUCUUAACCAAACUGAUGGUAUGGGAGAGACACCUUUGACAGUUGCUUGUUCUGAAGGAAAUGAAAAGAUAGUACAGAUACUUAUGGAAAGAGGAUGUGAUAUGAACCAGGUUGGUUGUAUGAGAAAGAUACCUCUGACAGCUGCUUGUAGUGGAGGAAAUGAGAAGAUUGUACAGUUACUUAUAGACAAAGGAUGUGAUGUUACUCAGGCUGAUGGUACGGGACAGACACCUUUGAUAGCUGCUUGUACCGGAAAAAAUGAGAAGAUAGUACAGUUACUUAUAGAAAAAGGAUGUGAUCUUAACCAAACUGAUGGUAUGGGAGGGACACCUUUGACAGUUGCGUGUUCUGAAGGAAAUGAAAAUGUAGUACAGAUACUUAUGGAAAGAGGAUGUGAUAUGAACCAGGUUGGUUGUAUGAGAAAGACACCUUUGGCUGCUGCUUGUAGUGGGGGAAAUGAGAAUAUUGUACAGUUAUUUUUAGAAAAAGGAUGUGAUAUUAACAUGGUUGGUGGUAUUGGAGAAGCACCAUUGACAGCUGCCUGUCGUGGAGGAAAUGAGAGAAUAGUACAGUUACUUUUAGAAAAAGGAUUUGGAGUUAAUCAGGAUUAUGGUAUGGAAGAAACACCUUUGAUAGCUGCCUGUUGGGAAGGAAAUGAGAAGAUAGUCCAGUUACUUAUUGACAAAGGAUGUGAUGUUACCCAUACUGAUGGUAUGGAAAAGACACCUAUGACAGCUGCUUGUUGGGGAGGAAAUGAAAAGAUAGUACAGAUACUUAUAGACAACGGAUGUGGUAUUAACCAAGUUAAUGAUAUGGAAGAGACACCUUUGGUAGCUGCUUGUUGGGGAGGAAAUGAGAAGGUAGUACAAUUUCUUAUAGAAAAAGGAUGUGUUAUUAACCAGGUUAAUGGUAUGGAAGACACACCUUUGGCAGCUGCUUGUUUAGGGGGAAAUGAAAAUAUUGUGCAGUUACUUAUAGACAAAGGAUGUGAUGUUAACCAGGCUGAUGGUAAGGGAAAGACACCUCUAACAGCUGCUUAUAGCGGAGGAAAUUAUAAAAUAGUACAGUUACUUAUAGACAAAGGAUGUGAUGCUACCUAG